AUGGCGGAGAUGGCGGGGAUCGAAGAAGAGUUUCCGUGGUUUUCUGCCGAUUUGAGAAUUUUGGAAGCUGAAUAUGAAAAAUCUAAGCUUCGGGUCUUUCAGGAUACGCUAUUGUGCAAGCGUUCUAUGGUAGAAUUGGAAUUGUUGAUCAAAAAUGAACGGCUUCAAAAGAAUGUUCGCGUCAACAACAAGAUCAGAAAGCACGAAUCACAACUUCAGGUACCGUUUAUGAAACAUUUUAAUUUCCGAGGUCAUUUUGUUUUCGAUUCCUACGAACGCUUUUUAAGAAGUCUCAUAUCUCCGAAUCACAACAGUUUUCGUAUUUUAAAGGUUAAAGCUAGUUGAUUUUUCCCAGUAGUAGGCCUUCUUGUAAAUUAUUUCUCUUUCAUCAGGAACAACUGGAAGCCUUGUCAACAGAAUUACAGAGCACAACCAAACAGCUACAAACUGCUCAAGAGACUUUGCAGGUACAUUUCUUACAUACAUUUUUACAUACAUUUCUUUAAUUAAUACCGUGUUUGUUUAUUAACAGCCUCCACGACCCCAAAGGAAAAUUAGAAUUCAUUUGGCCUGGUAAUCAGCUGGGCCGAGUUGUUUAAAGCUGGGUUAAGAUAACCCAGGGUUAGUGCGAGAUUUGAAUUCAGAUUUGAAAGAUUAAAAAGCAGUUCAGCCUUAAUUCUUUUGGUCGACAAGUUGAUUAUUGGAAGCUCCAAAAAUAACAGAGAAAAUUAUCCGAGAAAAUGCUUUUGAACACAAGAAAAAGAAACGCGGGUUAAAUUUAACCCCGGGUUAAGCGAUAAUCGGCCUUCGAACAACCGGGCCCUGGUGAUUACAAAUAGGAAGGGAGAGAAAUAGUCUUCAUAUAUAGUUCCAGUAGUUCAGGCUUAGAUACUUUCCAAAAUGCAAAUGUUUAAUACAAAUCAAGCGACGGAUACACUGCCAGAUUAGAGUCCAUUAAUUAUUGUCCCAACAAUGUUCUCUUGCUUGCUCAUAGGCUGUUACGUUGAGGUACGUUUUAAGUAGUGCCAGGCGUUCGAAAGGUUGGGGUAAGGUCAUUUUGGGCGUGAGAAAAUAAUUUCCCCUUCCCCUCCUCUCACAAACGCAAGCCGCGCAUGUCUAAGUGGGUGUCAUGCAUAUGUCUACCGGGAUGUCUUUCCAUUCAAGUCAGAACAAACUUAACUUCAGAAAACCGACUUCCGCACAUACGAAUCGUCCGAGAAUUGGCCGAGAGUUGGAACAAUAAGAUAUCCACCAUAAAAGGCAUUAGUUUCGGCCCAAAUCGUGAUUCUUCGUGAUUUAUUGUAAAAAUGAUGUUUUUGACCAAUGAGAGUGGCGGAAAUUAAUUAAUUAAUUCAAUUAAAAUGGAUCGUUCUGCACAUGCGUUGCGUUUCGCCCCUUUCCUUAUUACGCGAACCAUUACUUAAUACAUAUAAAAUUGCUGAACUCUGUGAUCACUUCACAGGAAAAAAAAUGAAAAAAAGGAAAAAUGGUUUUAAAACUACGAAGAUUUAUUAAGCUCCCUGCUUCUAUUAAAGAAGCCUUCCUAUAGCUAGGUUUGCCCGCUUUUCUCUUUCUUAUUAUUUUUUUUUAUUUUGUAAUUCCCUGUUAAAAAUUUUUCUCAAGAAAUUUUUUAUUUGUACCAGUAAAGUUUUUCAAACACGUUGCAAAAAUCCACUGAUCAUCCCAGAUUACUGAAACCCAACAGGGGACUUAGUCUUAUUGUGAUUCCCAAUAGGAUGAAAAAGUUCAUCAAGAUUUGGAGAGAAAGAAACUGGAGGACAGGAUGAACUCCAAAAUGGAAAUGAAAAUAGAGAAACAAAGAGAAAGUGCAAUCCAAAGAGAGAAUUUACUUCAAAAAGAAAUCAAGAGCUGGCAGGUACAUAAUGCCAACAUCUUUUCAUGAGUGCUUACUGGCGAGGAGUAUGAUAAGAAACAAUAAAAUAAUUCGUAAAAAUAAUUCCUCUGUACACAGUUAUGACUAGACGAUGUGAUGACAUUCACAAUCAGAAAGUCAACUUAGAGGUCGCCAAGAGAUCUUUUUGUUUUUUAUUGCGGUGUGAUGGAACUUAAUGGUCUUCUUUGCCAUAUCAAAUCAAAGGAAUGCUUCUUUGAUUUUUUCAAGGGAAACUAAAGAUAAAAUACCUUUUCCUUAAUUAGUUGUUCAUUUUAUUUGUUGAUUUUUUUUUGUAUAUCGGCCCUGCAUAAUUGUCUUAGUUUUUUACCUUAUGUAUUUUAAUAACAAGAUCCCCUUUGAUAUUAGGACAUCAGUGCUUAUUACAGUGACAGGGUUUUCCUGUAUUAUUAUUAUUAUUAUUAUUAUUAUUAUUAUUUAUUAUUAUUAUUAUUAUUAUUAUUAUUAUUAUUAUUAUUAAUGAUUAUAAUUAUAGUAAUAAAACUUUUUUAGGGUCUUGAGGGGAACAGCAAAUUUGUUGCCCCAGAAUCUCCGCCGAUUCGAGGUAGCAUGCAAGCAGGUUCAUUCUUGCUAGUUCGUGGAAAAUUUUCCCUGAACUUGCUCAAGUAAACCUGCUCGCAGGCUAGAUUCGGGGGAAACAAAAUUAACCAGUUUCCCAAAUAACCAGUCGUUCAGUCAUUGAGUGAUUGCUUUUCUACCUUUGUCAAAUUUUCAUUGGAAGUAUAGAAUCUCAGCGUGCGGUCAACAUUCGUGGGUAACAGUGCUCCCCCUGACGACAUAGUUCAAUAUAGUUCUCUUCCACUUUUGAAUUAAAAUGUUUUUUUUUCUGUUCCUUUCAUAGGAGAAGCACCUGCAGACAUUCAAAGAAGUGGAGGAUCUCAGAACGGAACUGGGCAGGAAGAACAAAGCGGUAAAGGUUCGAGUAUUUGAGCAAUCGACAAUUGAUCACACGGUUUAAGAUUUUUGCUCAAUAUAUUGUUGAGUUUAUGAACGCUGAGCAAUUUCAUGUUUUUUUUUCCGUCAAAAUUAGAGCAAGGCUAUCCAAACGCGGGUAACCAUGGAAGAUGCCUCAACUAUGGCUCAAGUUGAUCUUCAAACUUGCGAUGUUGGAGUGCAGGCCCUAGAAACGAUUGGGGAUGUGCGAAAACCUGACGAUAAUGUGCACAGAAUCGCCGACGAUGCCCGAACGAAUGACGAACAUGUUUACAUGAUUGACGAAUGUGUCCGAAAGACUGACGAAUAUACCCCAGAGAAUGGCGAAGGUGUCCGAAAAAUCUACAUAGAUCUCCAAGAGACAGACAAAGUGCGAAAUAGGGGUGAGAUUAGAAAGGGAAUGGAUGAAUCUGUUAGGCGAAGAAAGAGAGUGCCAGAACCCGAAGAAAGAACAAACGAUAAACGGGAUGUGAAAAAUGCUCAACCAGAGAAAAAUAAAGGUAGAAAAACCAAAAGAAAUGAAAAGAAGACGAAUAUGGGCGAAGAUGCGGCAAACGAGGUAAUAGCUAAGAAAAAAGAUGAAGAAAACCCGAAAGUCUCGCGAAAAAGAAAGCCCUUGAAAAUGGAGUCAGGAACGGAUUCAAUCAACGCUAUGGUGGAAGAUAAUGAUAAGGAUGUGCGUAAACGAGCAAAGGCUGGCAGUGCAUGGUUGUUAUCGAGUACUUCACGAGAGGAAGACAUCCCGCCUUUAGAGUACAGCAAGACUCCAGGCAGAUUGCGCAAAAAAUCAGAUGAAAGCAGCCAGAGUUGGGAGAAGAGAAUGGAUAAGGAGGUCGUUGCAUAUUCAGGUGAGGAAAUAGCGGGAUUAGCGACAGAAACCAGCGUUUCAGAAAAAUCAAGCGAGUGCGGCUCUGGGAAGCUUUCUCAACUGACAGUUUGCAUUGAAGACGUUGGACCCAAACGAGGGUUAAAAGUUAAUGAAAACGGAGCCGAAGUGGAAGAAGUCGGUCAUAAAGAAAAUACAGAUGACGACAAAGAAUUGACUGAAGAAUCAUCCCGCCCUGCUUUGGAGAAAGACGAGGAAUGUUCCCUUGGUUUGACUUAUCGCCAGAAACCAUUAGAAGGAAAACCGACCGGUCCAAGGAGAAAGAACGCGUUCGAGAUUGAAGAAAACCAAGACUCAAACAAGGUUCAAAAUAAGAAUAAAAAAGCGAGAAAAGUGAAAGAAAAGGGGGGAAAUAAAAAGAGAAAGGAAACCAAAAAGGUAAAGUCUGCCAAAGAGAAAGAUUGUGAGGAUACAAUCCCACACGAAGAGAAGGGCGAAUAUGAAAAAACACACGGUAAAGGUGGAAGAGCUCUAAGAAAACGAACCGCGCAGAAACGAAAUUGUGAUGUGGGAUUAGAUCUGUCUAUUAAAGGUCAAGUCGAAGAUAGCAAAACACUUGGCACCCAAACCAGACAAGAACCAGAUGAUAAGGGCACGAUAGCGACGAAAAAGAAUGACAAAAUCGAUGAAAGAUGUUUGAAAGGUCAUGAACCCGUUAUGUCGCAUAUGUCAUCGCAUGAAAUCGAUCCCCCUGUUGACGAAAACCCGGUCACGUCUUGCGAUACAUCUCAGCAACCGGAAACGGAAAUACAGGGAGGGCUGAAUGACGAAAACAACAAAGUCGCCGAGGGCGAACUUCUUAUGGAUUAUAACUCGGCCCAGGGGGGCUCGGAUGAAAGGGAUAAUCGGGUAAAGGAAGCUGGAAAAAAGACCAAGCGAGAUUAUUUCCACAAGGAAUUGGGAAAAAAGAAAUCAAGAAAGUCUCCCAUCAAUGGAAAAAACCAAAUAAACGCAGAGGAGAAGGAAAAGGAAAACCAGAACAUUGACCUUUGCUCGACAAAAUGCGAGGAUACCAGACAGACAGGGAAGAAUUCAGAACAUGACAAUGCUAAUGUUUCAAAGGAAAAAGAUACGGAUGUGGUCAAUAAAGAUAGUAAUGAAAGUUCCACCAGAGAGAUAGUUAAAUCUGCUAUUUUUCCAGACACCUUUCAGUCGAAAAGAAAAGGUUCUAAACAUCCCUGCGGAAAAACAAAAACAGUCUUAAAGGAAAAAGCGCCGAAUGAUGAAACAAGGGGAAAGAAGAGGUAGGAAAGACGUACGUUUUAUGCGGGUAUUCAGUGUUUAAAUUUGGGGAAAAUUCGCGUUGAAAAAAGUUUCAAUGUUUUUUUUUUUUUUUGCGUUGAUUGCCGUAAUUAACUGAGGUUAAGAAAAAUGUUCUAAAUCUGACAUUCCCAUAUGCAAAAUAAUAUUCACUAAACACAGGCUGUGCACCAUGUUAUACAUGACUCUAUAGCUCUCAUUCUAAGUGGUCACGCCAUAGAAUUUGGCCCUAAGGCGAAAACGUUACUAAACCACUUUGUACAUCAGUAAAAACGGCACCUUAACCAUCAGUGGCUUUUCAUUAAAUAGUGGCCCUUUUUGGACUUUGUCCAGACUCUAAGUUUAGAAUAUAUUCAAACGCUUGAAAACAUGUGUACUGAGGUUAAUCGCGCUGUGGCUCUUUUAUUAGAAAAUAUGUGGUAGGUCCAUUGCAGUACAAUUUCUCCACCUGUCGGCUGUUACUACCUACCGAGUGGACGCCAGUAUGGCGGAAAAACAACUGAUUAGCAAGAAUAAAAAUGCCUACCUAAGUUGUUCAAUUACAUUCCGAGACAAACACUACUGUGAAAAACAACUAAGGACGACAUGGCUCAGUUUUGUUUGUAUUUUGUGUUACAAUGGAAUGGAAGGAAUGUUUUAGCCAUUCCAAAACAGAAUUCCUCGAUGCCUAACGGGAACAUUUGCUUCUUGACAUUUUGUAAGUUAAUGAAAAUGCCUCGGCUCUUUGAGGAGAAAUUAAGCGGGAUAGUAUAGACAAAUGAACAGAGAUAACAACGAAUUUUGAUUUUAGAAAUACCCCAGAAGUCCCCAAAUGCUUUUUUCAAUGAGAUUGUAAAAUUGUUUUUCGUAUUAUUUUCACUGGAAGAUUCUUAACUUAAUAUUUUUUCGCGUUUUUGGAGGGCUUAUCAAACCGAUAAUUUUCCUUUUUUUCAGUUGUAACAACGAUUAUAUUUUUACUUGUCAAUAUUUCUUAUUAGAUAUUUGGAAACUAUCCUCUUUAUUAACAGUUGUAAACUUGAAAACAACUGUAAACAACCUUGGUUUGUUCCUUUGAUUCUUAGAAAACCUACUUCAAGCAUGAGCGAGGUGUUACCCCCAGCUGACCAACAGUCCUGCCGCUCAGAUGCCACGACCAGCACUGAAAUGUGCUCCAUGUUAGACAACACCAAAAAGCGCAAGACCUUAUUCAAUUCCCGUGAAAAUUCACUCAUGGUUCCUAACGCCAAGGUGCAGGUAAGUGAUAAGAUCUAAAUUGCACCGGUACAGUUUAUACAGUUGUGUUUUAGUUGGACCUAACGUUAAACAAGGCACAGUAGACUGCCCAUCCCCCACUUAUAAACCCCCGGGUUAUAGGCCCACCUACUUGUAAACAAAAAAGUACAUCCCAUUAUAAGCCCCCUCCAAAUGCAUUGAAACGAAUUCGAUUUAUUAUGACGUUUUGACCCUUAAGAUUUAAAAGCAGUAAAUGCAAAACGUAUUUGUUCUGGGUCUGGAAGGGUAUUCUCGGGAUUUGACCAAAAUACGGUGCGGGAUACGGGAUUUGACUGCUACUUGUGAAGCAGGAUUCGCCAAAGUUUGGGCAGAAGGAUGCGGGAUUGGGAAAGAAAAAUAUAUUCGGGACAGCGAUGACAGAAGUUCGGGAUGCGGGAUUCUGGUGAAAAAGGAGCGGGAAACACGGGAUCAGAGCCCCCCUUCCAGGCCCUAUUUGUUCAGCACUUCUAUAGCUUGGUUUGAAGCGCUUUUCCUAUUUCGCUUAUUAGCCCCCUUGGAUAUAAGCCUCUCCGUUUAUAAGCCAUCAUCCCAAAACCCCUUACGAAGAUUUUUAAGCCCAGGGCCUAUAAGCGACAGUUUACGGUAUUCGUUUUGUGUCGUUGCAGAAGAAGGACUCGGGUAUACUUAAGAGGUCCUCAUGAGAAGAGGUAGCCCUGAUAAGUUGUCCAAAACGUCUUCAGAUAAUAAUUGAUGUAGUAUAGUCUAACCAAGGACUACUUAUUACGGAAACGAGCUUAAGUAAGGGGCUUUUUACAUUGAGGAAGGAAGAUCCUAGAAGGCGGAACAACGUUUCGUUGGAUUUACAUGCAGAAGUUUCAGUCCGUGCGGUUACCAGUAGAGAAGAAAUUAAAGAAUAAAGAUUACCCACUGAACGACCGGCCGCCAUUUUUGUGUGGUUGGCCCUAGUAAUCGGAUCUUCCUUGCGAAAGCAGUUUACGUAGUGCUAGGAUCUUCCUACCUCUCAGCUACAGUAGGAAGAUCCUAGCGCUAGGGACAAGUACAACUUUUUUAAUGUAAACUGAAUACAGAAAACGCAUGGCGCUAGGAUGAUCCACCUUCAAGAAUCUUCCUACCUCCACGUAAACAGCCCCUAAAGCUCAUGAAGUGACCAACGUUUUAAUUUUUUUAUAAUGAAAGUUAACCAAUGUUUGGUCUUAUCAAAACAGGUGUCGUUUGCCAACACGACGCUCAGUUCCAAAAGCCGUACGAGUACAGGAAUCCCACCAUCCCUUUCGGCCUUCAUGAGGAGUUUUAUCGCUCCCAAACUGAAGAAGUCUCAUUGACGAAAUGUUAGAGGACAAAGGGCAACAUUGCCUACUUUUCGGAGUUGUACAAACGUCUUCAUCGCCUUGGCAUUCAAAUCACCGUCGAUUGCAAGAAAACAGAAGAGCACUUCACCUGCCAACCUGAGGAAACAGCCGACAUUCCGCGACGCCACCUCUGGUUUCCCGCGAAUUGACGACGCGACACUACCCAGAUCUGGGUAGUGCUUCUGAUUGGUCAUGCGGCGUGGGAAACCUGCUUCUACCAGUAAGAAGCACUACCCAGAUCUGGAUAGUGACGCGUCGUCAGUUUGGAAUUUCUGCCCUCGUUUCUCAGACGUCAUUUCGUAGGGGGGACCGGUGGUGGCGUCACGGAAUGUCGGCUGUUUUCUCAGGUUAUUCACCUGCAGAAUCUUCUUAUUCUGUGUUCAGUUCAGAAUCUUCAAAUUUGAGUCGACAAACGCAGGAAAGCCGCCAUAGCAGGGUGAAGAAGGUGCCUUGAAAAAUAUUAGGUUAACACCCUUAGUCAUGAAGGAAACUUCAACACAAAAUUUGCGAUUGGUCAAAACCGUUUAAUUAUGCAACUCAAUUACCAUAGUGAUGUAGAUGGGGAAUUGCCAGAAACCCUUUUUUAUUAAUACUACAGUAGAGCGUGGAAAUAAUUUUUGCGAUAGUUUUUGUUUACAUUAGCUUGUUUAGUGUGGAUCGUAAAAAAAUCCGCGAAAAUUAGAACCCGCACAAAUUAAGCGUCACAUUGCAGCUGAUAAGCUUAAAAGUGUGAAUCCCGGAAGUACAUUGUUCAUUAUAGGUUCGCCAAUUUUAAAGACAUUCCGUGAUUUUGUAGGAUUAAGGGGAUAGGGAAUGUAAGUAGUGUACAGGCGGACCUAGUUUAAC